AUGCAAACACAAUUAAAUAAGACAGUCAACUUACUGAACAACGAGAAAAAAAAUUCAUUCGUCUUAUCAGGUCAAAUAUUUGGUCAUUCAAACGAGAAAUCUUUUGACGACUCGUUAGCUGCGGAUUUUAAAUAUUUACCUUAUUUGAAUGGCUUCUGUGCACAAGAUAACGAUGACGGCUUAGAAUCGUAUCAGUUCUUCUACUUAUCUCCGCUAAAUGAAAAACAAAUAAUCGAAUCGGAUGUUCAUGGAAAUCAAACAAAAAAUUUCAAAAAAAAGUUUGAUUUUUCAGGAAAAAACGAAAGAAUCAUCCAAGUUCAAGGAAGAUUGGUAAAGAAAAGCGUGUCUUCAUCGAAUGGAACAAAUCAAACAAUUAGUGUGAUUACUGGAUUGGAGUUCAUUUCCAACGAAGGUCGCGUCAGUCCAUUAUACAGUGAUGAAUUAGGUGAGGAAUUCAAUGAACAAUAUGAUGGAUAUACAUUAGGAUAUGUGACAGGCAGAUCAGCGCAAUAUAUUGAACAACUGCAAUUCAUCUGGUAUCGAACAAAAGAAACAAAUUCGGAUGAAGAUUACUUGUAG